UUUUUUCUAAACCAAACAGGCCAAAAAGUUAUUCUGGCAUUGAAAAAUAUGUAUGUUAUGGAGUUUUAUGAUUAGUUCUAAUAUCUGGAUGUGCGAAUGACAUGUAAAACGUUAUCAAUAUUUCUACGGGAUAGCGAGAAAUUUCAGUAAAGUGUUACGCGAUGGAUUCCAAAGAAGAACGUGUUCCAGUGGGAAACGAACAAGUUGUUGCAAGAUGUUCAAAUUUCUCAAUCGAUGAGAUCUUAAAGCCCACAUUUGGACCAUCAAAGAGACACUGGUUAUCAGCGUUUUCCACUGUUGGAAAAGGUUCAAGAACAAUCAACACAUCAGGUCUCAGUUUAGAUCUACAGAGAGACAGACACGAGUCUGCUUUUGUCAGACUUUCGCCCUCGGACUCUCAAGUCUCGGUCUGUUCCAGUCCGGAUUCUAAUCCAGCAGCUAACAGUCCGGUAGCCACUUCCCCAGGGUCGGACGGAAACGAAAAGCCCAUGUGGCCAGCAUGGGUGUUCUGUACGAGAUAUUCCGACAGACCCUCAUCGGGUCCACGUUCUCGGAAAAUCAAGAAAAAGAAAACCCCGGAUGAAAAACGACCAAGAACAGCCUUUUCCACCGAACAGCUACACAGAUUGAAAUCUGAGUUUGAGGAAAGUCGUUAUCUUACAGAAAAAAGACGAUUAGAACUCUCCGAGGAACUCAAACUGUCCGAAUCUCAAAUCAAAAUCUGGUUCCAGAACAAACGUGCUAAAAUUAAAAAGUCUACAGGAGCUAAAAAUGCCCUGGCCCUGAAUUUGAUGUCACAAGGACUAUAUAACCAUUCCACCGUUACACUGUCAGACGAAGGUGAUUCCUAGUGCUUAUUCUGAGAAUACUUUAUAUAUUUUCAUUCUCUAUUGAUAUAUUUAUAAAAGUAUUUUGAUUUAUCAUUUGUACAAAGUACAUGUAUUUUAAUCGUCAUUGCAAUAAAACUAUGUUAACUUA